AUGUCAACAUCUCAGCCUGCCGUCCGCUUGAGCUCGCACAGGUCUCUCACCUCCCGCCUCGUCCUCGCGACCCUCCUCGGGCGCGCCGUCCGCAUCGACCAAAUCCGGCCUGACUCUCCCACGAAUCCUGGACUGGCACCCCAUGAGAUCUCCUUUCUAAGACUCCUCGAAGCCGUCACCAACGGCUCACAUAUUGAAAUCUCCUACACAGGCACCGUCCUGCUGUACAAGCCCGGCCUGAUCACCGGGUCGGCGCCUGGCAGUGGAGUGUCCAGCUCUGGGGUGCUACGCCAUGAAAUCCCUGCAAACAAUACACGAGGGCUGAGCUACUUCCUGCUGCCGAUAUGUCUGCUGGCGCCGUUCAGCAAGGCCAGAUUCAACAUUGUGUUCACCGGGCCCGGGGUGAUCACCAGCUCCACGGAGAAAUGGGGCGAUAUGAGCGUCGACACUGUUCGCACGGCCAUCCUUCCGCUCUACGCAAAAUUCGGCAUCGAAAGAGACAUCGAACUCAGGAUACUUACGAGGUCGAAUCCGGGGCCCCGUGGCAUUGGCGGCGCCGGAGAAGUCCAGCUGGUGUUCGGCCACCAGGUCAGGCUGCCCAAGACACUCCAUCUGCUGAACCCAGGGCGGGUGAAAAAGAUCAGAGGGGUGGCAUACUCCACGGGUGUUAGCGGGAGCAACAAUGCAAGAAUGAUCGAGGCGGCGCGCGGAGUACUGAAUCAGUUCGUGGGCGACAUCUACAUCUUUUCUGAUAUGGGCAGUGCUAGUCUAGUACCGGCGCCGGAGAAGAACAACCCCAACGCAAAGAAGAAGGUCGGGUUGGGGUUCGGGCUGUCCUUGGUCGCGGAGAGCUCGACUGGCUGUCUGUUUUCUGCAGAUGCUUCUAGCCCUCCCGAAGGAGGCCAGCCAGCGGAAGACAUUGGGCGGAUAUGUGCAUUUCAACUUCUGGAGAGCGUGGAGAGAGGUGGAUGUGUGAGCCUCCAAGCCGCCUCAACCGUGAUUACCCUGAUGGCGAUGGGAUCCGAAGACGUUGGAAGAGUGCAGCUUGGGCGAGAUGUGUUGGCAUCUGAGCACACCAUUCAACUGGCCAGAGAUCUCAGAGCGUUUGGUGCUGCAGGGUGGGGAAUCAGAGAUGCUGAAGGCGAGAAGGGCGAGGGCCAACUGCUGCUCAGUGUUGUUGGAAGGGGAGUUGGGAAUAUAGGCCGGAAGAUUGGAUGA